UAUUAAACAGUAAAAAUGCUACUUACACACUUGCUGAGUACUUCCUUUGACGGAAUGGACACGUCUGUAAUUGUUCCUUAUGAAGCAGAAGGGUUUAUUCAAAGGCUGGAAACAUUCUCUCUUAAAGAAGUGGGCUCAGAGAGGUGGUUCAGACAGCAUGAGUGCAUUGAGAAACUUAACAUGCAGGCGAUACUAAAUGCUUCUGCCAUGCACGAUGAGUUCAUCAAGGAGCUGCUGGUGUCAUUUGGAAAGAUACCUGUCCUGGUCCAUGAAAUGAUCCUUGUUGAGGUGUGGAAGCACAAAGUGUUCCCAAUUUUUUGUCAGCUGAAGGACUUUAAUCCCAACAACACAUUUCAUCUUUACAUGGUGAUCCACCACGAAGCCACGGUCAUAAACCUACUUGAAACGAUAAUGUAUCAUAAGGAUUCAUGGGAGGCAGCUGAUGACUCUGUUCUUGACUUGGUUGAUUACUGCCACCGCAAGCUCACGCUGCUGGCCAGCAAAGUAAUCAGGGAGGGUGCAACAACUGACCAACACAACCAGACAGGAAACGCAGUUGCUUCCUCUAUAGAGGUGUUGCAGAUGCAGAAUGCUGCACUGGAGUUUGAAAUCUCCCUGAAGGCUGUCUCUGUGCUGCGCUACAUCACUGAUCACACGGAGAGUAUCAGUGUCAUUAAUCGCAUGCUGUGCACCCAUAACAUGCCUUGCGUGCUGGUCCAGCUGAUUGACUGCUGCCCUUGGAGUCGCUGUAAAGGAGGUGAGGUAGAAAAGUACAUAAAUGGCAGAUGGCAGAAGAUUCCCGUUGAGGACCGUUUAAAGAUGACAAAACUGGAUGGUCAGGUCUGGAUUUCCCUUUACAAUCUGCUGCUGAAGGAAGACUUCCAAAGGAAAUAUAACUUCAACAACUUCAACAAGAACCAGCUUCUAAAGCUUCGGAGUUUCUUGACAGAAGUGUUGAUUGAUCAGCUGCCAAACCUGGUGGAGCUUCAGCGUUACCUGGCUCAUCUGGCCGUUACAGACCCUGCCCCUCCAAAAAAGGAACUCAUUUUAGAACAGAUCCCAGAAAUGUGGAACCACAUUGUGAGAGAGAACUCUGGGAGGUGGAAGGCUAUAGCAAAGUACCAAGUCAAAGAAACUUUCAGCCCAUCUGAAACUAAACUGAGGCAGCAGGCACAGAGGUUGGCUAAGACGUACAAUUUGGAUGUGAUGGAGAGAUUACUCCCUGAGAAGCCAAAGUGUGGAUCCUGUGGGAAAGAGGCUACAAAGAGAUGCUCUCAAUGUCAGGGAGAAUGGUACUGCCACAGAGAAUGUCAGGUGAAGCACUGGUCUAAACACAAGAGAGUCUGCCAGCUUACGGCUGAAACCACAGAGAAGAUCCAGAGGGACCUGCACAUCCACAGCUAACAGAGAGAGGCUGUUGAAAGUACUGCUGGCGGAUGAGAUAUAAGAAUCUUGAGUCACAAAAUGGCAGGAGAACAGAUGUGCACAUAUAUGAUGAUGCAAAUUUGCAUUCCUAUACAUUUUAUAUGUCUUUUAAUUUGGGAAACGUUAUAUGCCCAGUUCCUGAAUUCAUUUGUACCUUUUUGUUUUUGGUACUCUUAUGUUUCUUUAUGAUAAACUUGUAUGUAUACUGUUUUAACCAACCAUUAAAUUCUAGUUGAAUUAAUUAAAGUCUAUUUCAUGAAAGAGCUUCCUUCUCUGUCAGGAGAUGUUAUACCAUUGUUAAUUAACACAGCACAGGUGCAUUGAACUUUGCUACACCAGCAGCAAACUUUCAAACUUGUCUUCUUGUCUCAGUGCUAUUAAGAAUAAUCCAUGCAGGUAUUUUCACAACAGAUAGAAUCACUUAUUUAUAGUCACUUAGUUAAAGUGUAAAUUUGUGGCUCAUCUUCUUGGCUAUUAUUCCUGCUAGUUAUGUUAAGACUUUACCCUUUCCUGAAUGUUGGAUUGUUGACUUUCUGUCAGUAAAUACAUAACAGACUGUUUUGGCAAAUGAAACCCAGAUUAAUCACAGUUUGAGACAUUGGUUGGAGGGGUGGGGGACUUUGCACGCCCACUCAGCUGUGCUCCGGACUCAGAAGCACCCCCUAUGUGAAAACAUCCCGGAUGUCGGUACAGCUCUGCCUCAUCUUACUCUCGUUGUUAAUGACAAACUGCUUCCUCCUACAACAGUCUGACUAAAUCAAAAGAUGGUUAGUGUCUCCAGAAGUGCUCAUGUACCGCGGUUACACCGAUGUUACU